CCCACCCACCAACGCUCCGCUGUGUUGAUGUCGUCCAUCCCAACCUGCAUCUGCUGACGCAAAUUCAAAGUAACUUUUAGGAAAAGUGCUGCAGACAUGGCAUACACGACUGCGGGUGGGACUAAGAAGAAGGUCUGCUACUACUAUGACGGUGACAUUGGAAAUUACUACUAUGGACAAGGGCAUCCCAUGAAACCACAUCGUAUCCGGAUGACUCACAACCUGCUUCUGAAUUAUGGACUAUACAGGAAGAUGGAGAUCUAUAGACCACACAAAGCCACAGCAGAGGAGAUGACAAAAUAUCACAGUGACGACUACAUCAAGUUCCUCCGAUCCAUACGGCCGGACAACAUGUCCGAGUUCAGCAAGCAAAUGCAGCGGUUCAACGUUGGAGAGGACUGUCCUGUGUUCGAUGGCUUGUUUGAGUUCUGCCAACUCUCCGCUGGUGGCUCUGCUGCUGGUUCAGUGAAGUUAAACCGACAGCAGACUGACAUUGCGGUUAACUGGGCUGGAGGACUUCACCACGCAAAGAAGUCUGAAGCCUCUGGAUUCUGCUACGUUAAUGACAUUGUGCUGGCCAUCUUGGAGCUGCUCAAGUACCACCAGAGGGUGCUCUACAUUGAUAUAGACAUCCACCAUGGGGACGGAGUGGAGGAGGCCUUCUACACCACAGACAGGGUCAUGACUGUGUCCUUUCAUAAAUAUGGGGAGUACUUCCCUGGAACCGGAGACCUCAGGGAUAUUGGCGCUGGGAAAGGGAAAUACUACGCUGUCAACUUCCCCCUGCGUGAUGGCAUCGAAGAUGAGUCAUACGAACAAAUCUUCAAGCCUGUAAUGGCCAAGGUGAUGGAGAUGUACCAGCCCAGUGCUGUGGUUCUUCAGUGUGGUGCAGACUCUCUCUCAGGAGAUCGCCUCGGCUGCUUCAACCUCACCAUCCGCGGCCAUGCCAAAUGUGUGGAGUACAUUAAGUCCUUCAACCUCCCGCUGCUCAUGCUGGGUGGAGGAGGAUACACCAUCCGGAAUGUGGCCCGCUGCUGGACCUACGAGACCGCUGUAGCUCUGGACACAGACAUCCCUGAUGAGCUGCCGUACAAUGACUACUUUGAGUACUUUGGGCCUGACUUCAAGCUGCACAUCAGCCCCUCCAACAUGACCAACCAGAACACACAGGAGUACAUGGACAAGAUCAAGCAGCGACUGUUUGAGAACCUGCGGAUGCUGCCUCACGCUCCUGGAGUGCAGAUGCAGGCCAUCCCAGAGGACGCUGUCCUGGACGACACUGUGGACGAGGACGCAGAGGAUCCUGACAAACGCUUGUCCAUCCGUGCCACAGAUAAGAGGAUAGCCUGCGAUGAAGAGUUCUCUGAUUCUGAGGACGAGGGGGAGGGAGGCAGGAGAAACGUGGCCAAUCACAAGAAGGGAGCAAAAAGGCCAAGAGUUGACGAAGACAAGAAGGAAGGCGAGGAGAAGAGAACUGAUAUAAAAGAGGAAGAGAAAACAAAGGACAGCAGUGCGGAGAAGACUGACUCAAAAAGUGUGAAGACUGAGCAGACGAGCAGCGCCUGAAUUGUUCUUCUUAACCCCACACACAGCUCAGCGGUGCUGUCCUGCCUCAAGGAUCCAACUCUUCACUGAAUCGCAGCCAGAAGCAUUAUUAUGACUCUACUUGUAAAUCUGUGUGAAUUGUUAGCGUCUCUCUUUGUGUAGUGUACCAGUGGAUUGCUUUCCACCACUUGAAUUCAUCAUACCGUCCUUUUGAUACCCUUUGAACUAUUUUAUUCCAAUGUGCUUGAUCUUCUGAACGAAACCUCGGCUCUCUAGUUUUUAGGAAACUGCGGGUAAAGUGUAGAUGAACCUAUAAUGAUUUCAUGAUUAAAUUUAAAUAUUUUGCAUUUGUCAAUAAAACUUUUUAUACCAUU